UUCAUUCGUCAUCUUCGAGACGAUAGAAGUAGAAAACAUGAAUUAAAUGGUUUGAUUUGAGGGGAAACAAUUUGUUAAACAUUCUGCAAAAUGUCGAUAUUUCGCAACAAAUUUAUUCUAGCGUCGAGCGCUAUCGGUUCGCUGAUUGGCGGCACUGUCCUGUUGAAGGAUUACAUGCAAGGUGCGUCCUUCCAGAAGACUGAUGUAAGGGCAGAUGGCAAGGUGGUUAUCGUUACCGGAGCAAAUACCGGCAUCGGGAAGGAAACUGCCCAUGCACUGGCCCGCCGCGGUGCACAUGUGUACAUGGCAUGUCGGGACAUGAAGAAAUGCGAAGAAGCUCGUCAGGAGAUAGUCCUGGACACGAGAAAUCCUCAGGUGUACUGCCGCGAAUGUGAUCUCGCCUCAAUGCAAUCCAUCCGGGAGUUUGCGAAACAGUUCAAAGCGGAGCAACCGCGGCUGGAUAUUCUGAUUAACAAUGCGGGCGUGAUGCGUUGCCCCCGCACGCUUACCAAAGAGGGUAUCGAAAUGCAGCUCGGCGUCAAUCAUAUGGGCCACUUUUUGCUGACGAACCUGCUGCUCGAUCAGUUGAAGCUUAGUGCGCCCAGCCGCAUUGUCGUUGUGUCCAGUUUGGCGCACACGCGUGGUCGUAUUGCGGUCGAAGACUUGAACAGCGCAAAUUCCUACGACGAGGCAAAGGCUUACGAGCAGAGUAAGCUGGCAAACGUAAUGUUUACGCGCGAGCUCGCCCGACGGCUGGAGGGUACGGGUGUUACGGUGAAUUCGCUACACCCUGGUAUCGUCGAUACGGAGCUGAUGCGACACAUGGGCAUUUUCAACAGCUGGUUUUCGGCCGUAUUUGUCAAACCUUUCGUGUGGCCGUUCUUGAAGUCACCCCUGUACGGUGCACAAACAACGCUCUAUGCCGCACUUGAUCCAGACCUGCAGAAGGUGACCGGUCAGUAUUUUAGCGAUUGCGCCCCGAAAGAUGUUGCUGAGCAAGCGAAGGACGAACGAGUGGCCAAAUGGCUGUGGGCCGUUAGUGAGAAGUGGACGGGCACACUCACCGGAACCGCGGCAGUUUCCUGACAACGGAUUCUUCGUAUGAAUAACGAUAAAGAUAUUGUUAUUUUUACGACAAAGCAGCAUCAACGAAGCAACCAAUCAGACCGUUCUAACCAAUCGGCAUCAGGCUAGGCAGCAGUAAUACUGUUUCGGCUUUUUAUGAUCACCGAUAUUGCAUACUCUAUUGAAUGUUCGAAAAUAACUAUUACGUCUACUUGAAACGUUGCAUAUGUUCUGUUUUUGUUAUUGCACACGUAGAAGACAAAUAAGCUGGUAGUGGUAGACUAUUGCUAUAUAAUUUCCACCCAUAUCGAACGUUCUUCUACCUAAAAUAAAUGGCAAAA